CAAAGUGUAGUGUAGCUCGAGAGGUUCCGUUAGAAGACGUAUUUCGGAGAGAGAUCUUUUGACAGACGGCCGAUGUAAAGAUACAUUUUUUUGCUCAGAUAUCCCAAAUUGUGAAUGACAUGGUGGGCAUGCUGUGCUUGUGGGUCUAAUGGCAUGACAAGCAUCCUGGGUCACAGAGAGUGCAUCUGGUCGUGCUCGCCUGUCUGUGUGAAAGUGCAUCUAGCUGAGCUUUACCUGCUAUUGGUAAUGAGAGCCCUCGCCAUCGGCCUCUUCUCCCUCCUCUGCUGUGGCUCAACGCUCGGUGAUGUCCGAAACCGACCGACAGGGCCCAGGAGGCAUAAUGACACAGCCCUGCAAACCAACCUGCUGGAGAGUCCAUGCAAGGGGAAGCCCCUAGACUUUGUGCUGGUCAUCGACAGCUCCCGUAGCGUACGUCCCCACGACUACGAGAAGGUUAAGACCUUCAUCAUCAACGUCUUGAGGUUCCUGGACGUGGGGCCAAAUGCAACGCGCGUGGGCGUGGUUCAGUACGGCAGCGUGGUGCAGAAGGAGUUCUCCCUCAAGACCUUCCACAGGAAGGCGGACAUGGAGCGUGCCGUGCGGGGCAUGAUCCACCUGGCCACCGGCACCAUGACGGGGCUGGCCCUGGAGUACACCAUGAACGUGGCCUUCUCUGAGGCCGAGGGCGCCAGGCCCCUGCAUGAGCACAUCCCCCGCAUCGCCAUGGUCGUGACCGAUGGCCGGCCCCAGGACACGGUGACCGAUGUGGCUAUCCGGGCCCGGAGGGCUGGGAUCCAGAUCUUCGCCAUCGGUGUGGGACGGGUGGACAUGAGCACCCUUCGAGCCAUCGGAAGCGAGCCUCACUUCGAGCAUGUCUACCUGGUGGCCAAUUUCAGUCAGAUUCAGACCCUCACCUCCAUCUUCCAGUCCAAGCUGUGUGGAGAUGGCAGCCUGUGCGCCGAGGUGGACCACCGCUGUGAGCACAUCUGCGUCAGCACCCCCACGUCCUACUUCUGCAGGUGCAGGAAGGGCUACGUCCUCAACCCUGAUGGCAAGACCUGCCGCGGAAUCGACCGUUGUGCUCUGGGCACCCAUGGUUGUGAACACGAGUGUGUCAACACUGAGGACUCAUUUGUGUGUCGGUGUCGGAAAGGCUACAUGCUGAAUCCGGAUGGCAAAACCUGCAAGAAAACUGACCAGUGCGCUCUGGGUAUCCACGGCUGUGAACAUGAGUGUGUCAAAACGGAAGACUCCUUUGUGUGUCGAUGUCAUAAGGGCUACACACGUAAUCCUGAUGGCAAGACCUGCAAAAGUAUAGACUUCUGCAGCACGGUCAGCCAUGGCUGUGAGCAUGUGUGUGUCAGCACACCGGACUCUUACAUCUGCAAAUGCCACGAGGGAUACACACUGGCUGAGGACGGCAAGAGCUGCAGGAAGCUGGAGUGCAGGGACGGACCGCUGGACUUGGUGUUUGUGAUCGACGGCUCCAAGAGCCUGGGCCUGGCCAACUUCCAGCUGGUGAAGCAGUUUGUGACAGGCAUCGUCGACGGGCUGAACGUGUCAGCUGGGGGCACGCGGGUGGGGCUGCUGCAGUACUCCACCAAGGUGCGCACCGAGUUCACCCUAGGCCAGUUCUCCUCCGGCCAGGAGGUCCGGGAGGCCAUCUCCCGCAUGCAGUACAUGGGCCGGGGGUCCAUGACCGGCUCCGCCCUGCGUCACAUGUUCCAGUUCAGCUUCUCCGCCAAGGAGGGGGCUCGGCAAAACACCAGCCGCAUCUGCAUAGUGUUCACCGACGGACGGUCCCAGGACGACGUCUCCAAGUGGGCCGCAGCGGCGCAGGAGUCCGGUAUCACAGUCUAUGCGGUUGGUGUUGGAAAAGCCAUAGAGGAAGAACUUAGGGAAAUCGCCUCAGAACCAGAUGACAAGCACUUGCUUUACGUUGAAGAUUUUAGCCGCAUGGGUCAAAUUACGGAAAAACUGAAGUCACGGAUUUGUAAAGAACUGCCCUCCAUUAAAGAGCUGUGCAAAUGUGAAAAUAUGGUAAGCUUCCAGAGCAAGGCCACUGAAGAGCUGCAGAAACUGACCCAGAGACUGGAAUCUGUGACGAAGAGGUUGGAAAUACUCGAGAACCGCCUGGGACAUAACCGAAUCCUCCGAGAUAUCUAAGCCAUAUGUAAUAUUCAAAAGAAAAAAGAAUUCAAGGCAUUUUAUAAUUGUUAUGAACCAGGGCUGCUUUACAUCAAAUUCAGUUUCAAACAUUGAGACAAAAGUUAAGCUUUUUUUUUUUUUUUUUUUUUUGUUUAAGGUAUUUAUAUACAUUGCCAUGUUUUGUGUUAAUGCAAAGUUGAGCACCUGUUCGCCACCUGCUGGUAUUAGGCAGACCUUUACUUACACUGCUGUGUAUCAAGAGGACAUGCAUAAUAUGCAUACAUAAUUAAACUUCAUUUAGAGAACCUCUGUUUAUACUGUCAUGAAAGGAGUCACAAUUCAUUUUUCAAUUGUGAAAUAAACAGUUUUAGUAA